UCCCUUAACUUUGGUAUUCACCUGUUACCCAUCUUCCUCUUCACUGGUCAUUCUCCAUCCAUCCCUCCCUCUCUCCAUCCCUCCCUCUCUCCAUCACUCCCUCUCUCAGGGUGCAGGUAGAAUUCUAUGUGAAUGAAAACACUUUCAAGGAGCGCCUCAAGCUGUUCUUCAUCAAAAACCAAAGAUCCAGUCUGAGGGUGAGGCUGUUCAACUUCUCUCUGAAAGUAUUGAGCUGUCUCCUCUACAUGGUCAGAGUCCUACUGGACGACCCACAGGAGGAGAGACAAGACUGUCUGGACUGUUCCAAACAGAAUGCAUCGGUCCACCCCAGCAGGACCCAGUUUGACUGGUCUCUUAUCAUCUGGGUGAAUAGGCCUCUGCCUCUGUGGGCUCUACAGGUGCUUGUAGCUUUCAUCAGCUUUUUCGAGACCAUGUUGCUUGUGUACCUCAGCUACAAGGGCAACAUUUGGGAGCAAGUGUUGCGUGUUCCCUUCAUCCUGGAGAUGAUCAGUGCUGUUCCCUUUGUGAUCACUGUGAUUUUGCCCUCCCUCAGAAAUCUGUUCAUCCCUGUGUUUCUCAACUGCUGGCUGGCCAAACAUGCCUUGGAGAACAUGAUAAAUGAUCUGCACCGGGCCAUCCAGCGUACUCACUCAGCUAUGUUCAACCAGGUCCUCAUCCUCAUCUGCACCCUGGUCUGCCUCAUGUUCACCUGUAUAUGUGGGAUCCAGCACCUAGAGCGAGCAGGAAACAACCUGACUCUGUUUGACUCGCUCUACUUCUGCGUGGUCACCUUCUCUACUGUGGGCUUCGGUGAUGUCACGCCCCAGAUAUGGCCUUCUCAGCUGCUAGUGGUCAUCAUGAUCUGUGUGGCGCUCAUCGUGCUUCCCAUACAGUUUGAGCAGCUGGCCUUCCUGUGGAUGGAGCGCCAGAAGUCUGGGGGGAACUACAGCCGAUACCGGGCCCAGACGGAGAAGCACGUGGUGCUGUGUGUCAGCUGCCUCAAGAUAGACCUCCUCAUGGACUUCCUCAAUGAGUUCUUCGCUCACCCCAGACUGCAGGACUACUACGUGGUGAUCCUGUGCCCAGCAGAGAUGGAUGUACAGGUACGGAGGGUCCUCCACGUGCCCCUGUGGGCACAGAGGGUCAUCUACCUGCAGGGCUCCGCCCUCAAGGAUCAAGACCUCAUGAGGGCCAAGAUGGACGAUGCUGAGGCCUGUUUUAUCCUCAGUAACCGAUUCGAGGUGGACCGCUUCGCUGCUGAUCACCAGACCAUUCUAAGAGCCUGGGCGGUGAAAGACUUUGCCCCAAACUGCCCCCUGUAUGUCCAGAUCCUCAAACCUGAGAACAAGUUCCACGUCAAGUUUGCAGGGAUGGUUGUGGAUUUCCAGAGCCUCAGCACAACCCUGGAGAAGGCCCUGUUGCAGCUUGGGAAAGCUUGGAAAAACAAGGUGACCUGUUGUGAUCAGGGCCAGUUCCAGAGCCUCAGCACAACCCUGGAGAAGGCCCUGUUGCAGCUUGGGAAAGCUUGGAAAAACAAGGUGACCUGCUGUGAUCAGGGCCAGUUCCAGAGCCUCAGCACAACCCUGGAGAAGGCCCUCCUGGACAGUCUGCUGCGUUGUGGGGUGACGUUUGCUGACACCAUGGUGGUGGUUGACAAGGAGAGCUCCAUGAUCGCUGAGGAGGACUACAUGGCCGACGCCAAGACCAUAGUCAACGUCCAGACCCUCUUUAGACUGUUCCCAGCCCUCAGCAUCAUCACUGAGCUCACCCACCCAGCCAACAUGCGCUUCAUGCAGUUCAAAGUCAAAGACCACUACUCCCUGGCUCUCUCCAAGCUGGAGAAGAAAGAGAGAGAGAGGGGCUCCAACCUGGUCUUCAUGUUUCGUCUACCCUUCGCUGCUGGGAAGGUGUUCAGUGUCAGCAUGCUGGAUACUCUACUGUAUCAGUCCUUUGUGAAGGACUACAUGAUUUCCAUCACCAGAUUGUUGCUGGGACUAGACUCCAUGCCUGGCUCAGGCUUUCUCUGUGCUAUCAGUGAAGUGAAGAUUUCCUAA